AAGUAAAGAGAAGGAAAAUUAAAGGAUUCGGGUUAGGAAGUUAUACGCAGAGCGAAAAGAGAAGGGUGAAUAUCAUUUGUUGAUCAGAGAAAUGAAAUUGUAUGAUCAUAUGCUUUUUUACCAGCAAUUUAGAAUGACACCGGAAAAAUACGAACAUUUUUUGCAAUUGGUAGCUCCAAAAAUUUUAAAGAGUUGUGUAAAAAGGGAAGCAAUUCAGCCAGGGGAGCGCUUAUCAGUCACUCUCAGGUAUCUUGCAACUGGAGAUGCACAAACUACUAUUGCAGCAAGCUAUAGAAUGAGUAAAACUUCUGUUAGUAGGAUCGUUAAAGAGACUACAGAAGUAAUUUGGACUGAGCUGUUUAAAGCAGGAUAUCUUAAGGUCCCAAGUAGCGAAGACGAAUGGAGAAAAAUAGCAGAAGAAUUUGAGGAGAAAUGGAACUUUCCAAACUGUGUUGGUGCAAUAGAUGGAAAGCACGUUGUUAUGCAAGCCCCUGCCCGCAGUGGGUCAUUCUUUUUUAACUAUAAAAAGACCCACAGUAUAGUAUUGAUGGCUGUUGUGAAUGCCAACUACGAAUUUACAAUGAUCGACAUCGGAGAUUCAGGAAGACAAAGUGAUGGAGGAGUUUUUGCAGCAAGCAAGCUUGGUUUUGCUAUUGAUAAUGGUUUGUUGAAACUCCCUAAAGCUAGAAUGUUGCCAGGGACUAAUGAUUUUUUUCCGUAUGUUUUCGUUGGAGAUGAGGCAUUUCCUUUAAAGCCUUACCUAAUGAAACCAUAUGCAAGAAAUGCGAUGGGUACCGAGGAGCAAAUCACUAACUACCGUAUUUCCAGAGCUAGGCGUCAAGUGGAAAAUGUUUUUGGUAUAUGUGCCUCGAGAUUUAGAAUUUUUAGAAGGCCAAUAAUUGCAGAGGUUGAGACAGUUGUUUCGAUUACAAAAGCCGUGGUUGCCCUUCAUAAUUACCUUAUGUUUGGGAGAAAAUUUGGAGAAGUAAGCAACUAUUGCCCACAAGGCUAUGCUGAAGGAGACUGGAAAAAUCUGGACUCUAUCUGCGAUGGGUUAUUACCAAUCAGAAAUGCUGCCUCGCAUAAUUAUUCAAGAGAUGCUCGUCAGGUUCGGGAAAACUAUAAAAACUAUUUCAAUUCAGAAGCAGGCUCAGUUGAUUGGCAGAAAGACAGAAUAACUAGAACAGCAGAUCCAUUUGACAUUUGA